CUGACAAAAGAGUAGCCGGCGGAAGCCCAAAGACUCAAAGAGGCACCUUAGGAUGGUUGAGCUUGAGGCCAAAGUGCUGCUACUCUGGUUUCUUAUUUACUUCUUUCUGGGUAUCAAUAUCUUUCUCUUUUCCUUCAUCCUUCUCUUUCUACUUUCCCAGCCCUUCAUUUUGGUUCAACAACCUUUGUUAUUAUAAUGGUAUUCAACAUUACAAUGGAGGCAAGCUUUAAAUCCCUCAAAUUUAAUCGUUUUCUUCCUAAAUUUCCUAUUUCCCUUCGAUCUUCGGCCGUGGCUAUUCACACAGGGAAUGGUUUGUCAGUGAAGAAGAAAGCUUAUGAUGGGUUGUUGUUGGAUGCUGGGGGUACACUUUUGCAGCUGUCUGAGCCUGUUGAACAGACCUAUGCUAAAAUUGGCAAGAAAUAUGGGUUAAUUGCAACUCCACCUGAAAUAAAACAAGGAUUCAAGAGAGCCUUUUCUGCUCCGUGGCCUGAGAAACUUCGCUACCAGGGCGAUGGGAGACCAUUCUGGAAACUUGUUGUUUCUGAAGCUACCGGUUGUGCUGAUGAUAGCUACUUUAACGAAGUUUACGAGCAUUUUGCAAAUGGUCAUGCUUGGCAUCUUCCGGAUGGGGCCCUUGAGACAUUGCUAUGCCUUAAAAAUGCUGGAGUUAAGUUGGCGGUUGUAUCAAACUUUGACACUAGAUUAAGGAAGCUAUUGAAGGAACUCAAUGUCUUGGAUUUAUUUCAUGCUGUCUUGGUAUCCUCUGAGGUUGGGUCUGAAAAACCAGAUGCAAGGAUAUUCAAAGUUGCUUUAGAUCAGAUUGGUGUUGACGCUGACAAAGCCAUUCAUGUUGGAGAUGAUGAACAAGCUGACAAGGGUGGAGCCAAUGCAGUUGGAAUCGAUUGUUGGUUAUGGGGAAAGGAUGUCAAGUCAUUCUCAGAUAUACGAGACCGUAUCCAUGUUUAGGACCACUUGAGCCUGUAGAAGAUGGUAAUCGGGCCAGGGACUGCGAUGAUGAAUAGCCGAUGAUGCUGAUCAAAGCUAAUAUUUUGGAGGACUGCUUUUGCUUCCAUCCAUUUUCGCAAUCUUUGUUUUUGUUUUUAAUGUAAAUAAUGUGGUCUGCAUCAGUUUUGCUCCAGCAUAAUAGUUCAUGAUCAGAAUUUGUUUAAUGAAAGGUUAUUGGAAUAUUGGUGCUGUUUUUGGUUAUAAUAUACGCAGUAACAUUUUAAACAUUUUGAA